AAAGCCAGUGCGGCUUUGGUUACAAGAUCUGAAAGAUGUAGCCUAUGACAUUGAUGAUGUGUUAGAUGAGUGGAGCACUGAAAUUCUCAAAUCACAGAUAAAAGAAGUUGAUGGCAUUCGCAUCAGUCCGACUAAGAAGGAUAAUAGAGCUAAAAGAAAGACUAGAUGAGAUUGCAAAUGAGAAGGAUGAGUUUCAAUUUGUUGAAAAUCCUAGAAAUGAAGUUAUAGAUGAAUCAAGGAGAAGAUUAGAAACUAGCUCCUUUGUUGAUGUCUUGGAGGUAUUUGGUCGUGACAUGGAUAAAAAUAAAAUAAUAGAAAUGUUGUUAAGCGAGAGCAAUCAACAAGAAGUGGUUUCUGGAGUCCCCAUCGUCUCCAUUGUGGCCAUGCCCGGUAUAGGUAAAACAACACUUGCCCAACUCAUUUUCAAUGAUGAUAUUGUAAAAAACCAUUUCAAUAAGAGAAUGUGGAUACAUGUGUCUAAAUCCUUUGAUAAAGUGAAGGUUGCCAUGCAUAUUAUUAGAGAAAUCGGUGGGAACAUUGUCCACCAAGGUGAUCAUGAUAUUACAUGGCAAGAUGUGCAUCAUCAGUUGACUAGUUUUGUUGAUGGAAAGCACUUCCUACUUGUGCUAGAUGAUAUUUGGAAUGAGAAUCCUGAGGAGUGGGAUCCUUUGAGGCGUUCUCUCAAAUAUGGUUCUCAAGGAAGUAGAAUCAUUGUCACAACACGCAACGAGAAGGUUGCAGUCAUGAUGGGUACAACAUAUUUCCAUAGAUUAGGAGUAUUGCCUGAUGAAGCUUGUUGGUUUGUUGAGACACUAUGCCUUUGUUGGAAGGCAAAAAGAUGAGUGUGAGAAAUUGAAAGAAAUUGGCAUAAAACUUGCAAAGAAGUGUAAUAGAUUGCCUCUUUCGACAAAGACUUUAGGAAGUCUUUUGCGUUUCAAGAAAUCAAACCAGGAUUGGCAAUAUGUGUUGGAAAGCGAUGUAUGGAGUGUCGUAUCAAGUGUUGAUAAAUCAGUCUUGCCAGCUCUGUUACUAAGCUUUUAUGACUUGCCCUCAAAUUUGAAGCAAUGCUUUGCAUGUUGUUCUCUUUACCCAAGAAGUUAUUUUAUCAACAAAUGGAGCAUAAUCCAACAAUGGAUGGCACAAGGCUUUCUUAAUGACAGUUUGGCGGCAAGCGGUGAAGAUUUGGAUAUAGUUGGUGAUGAGUACUUUAAUAAUUUGGUAAUGCACUCAUUUUUUCAAGAAGUCGAUAAAGAUUCAAAAGGCAGGAUAGAAUUUUGUGAAAUGCAUGAUCUCAUCCAUGAUUUUGCAAAAUCGCUUGUAGAGAAUGAAUGCUUUACUUUGACGAUUAAAGAUACUAAUGCUCAGGAAUUCAAUUUCAGUAGGGCCCGUCAUUUAUAUCUAUUAAUAGAAGAGAUAAGUGUGAUUCCUUCUUUUGUUUACAAGGCAAAGAAUUUGCGCACUCUUAAAAUCUAUGGACAUAUUCCUAAUGUUUCUUCUGAGCUAUUCUGUGAAUUAACAUGUCUGAGGACACUAGAUUUGGGUAAUACUUACCUUGAAGAGCUUUCAAAUGAGAUAGAAAAGUUGAUACAUCUAAGGUACCUUAACUUAUCCCAAGCAAGGUUCAAAGAACUACCAGAAACAUUGACUAGACUGUACAAUUUGCAAGUAUUACAGCUUUAUGCUUGCAGGAAUCUUUAUAAACUACCUGAAGGGAUUGGGGGAUUGGUCAAUUUGAUAGAUCUUGGUCUGUUAGAAUGUCAUCAACUAAGUCACUUACCAGAAGGAAUUGGGAAAUUAACCAGAUUACGUGGUUUGUCAGACUUCAUUAUUGGUGGGGUGGAGAGGGGAGGAUGGAAGAUUGGAGAACUAAAAAAUCUCAACUUCCUCAAAGGUUCUCUACGUAUAAUAUCUUUGGAGAGAGUGAAAAAUGGAAAUGAGGCUAAGAUGGCAUGCUUGAAGGAUAAGCAAAAGAAGGAGAAGGAAGAAGAUGAGGAUGGAGGAUGUGCUAGAAAGUCUCCAACCGCAUCCAAACCUUGAGAAACUAAUAAUGAGGGAUUACUCAGGUGCUGUGUUCCCCAACUGGAUGGGUAGCCACGCUGAAUUCAUGAUUUUCUCCAAUCUGAUUUCUUGGAACUGCGUGGACAUAGGAGGUGUAAGCAAUUGCCUUCAACUCUGGGGAAACUACCGUUCCUUGAAACCCUUGUAAUUGCUGAAAUGUAUAAGGUGAAAUUCAUGGGUGUUGAGUUUUUUGCAAUCGAUGAUGCUAUUAGAAGUGACAAUGGGGUUGACACAAUAUUCCCAAAACUCAAAGUAUUUCAGAUUGAUGGGAUGUGGAAUUUGAAAGAGUGGGAUAUGAGAGUACAAGAAAAAUAUGGAAAAGAAUUCAGCUUUAUGCCGUGUCUUGAGUAUCUUUCUCUUAUUGUAUUGCCCAAGUUAAGGUCGUUUCCACAACACCUUACCCAGUCUCUGUCCCUGAAGAAAUUGUUCAUAUGGUAUUGUCCAAAGUUGAAUUGGAUGCCAUCUCCAUCAUCCCAUCUUCCUUUUCUACACUUUGAGGAGUUGAUUUUAAAAUGGGAUGCAGGUUCAUUUUCAAAGUCAUUAGUUGCAAACAACCACAUGUUUUUCCCUAAGCUCAGAUUGUUAAGUGUAAGAAAAUCACCUUACUCGUCGUUACCUGAAGGCCUAGGGAACCUCACAUCACUUGAGACUCUAGAUAUCCGAACCUGUUCUAAGAUAAAGUCAAUACCUGAGAAGGAGUUGCGGCAUCUCACCACACUAAAAGAGUUGACGAUCGUGAGGUGUCCUGCCUUGAGACGACGUUGCAAAAAGGACAUAGGAGAGGAUUGGAGCAAGAUAUUCCACAUCCCAAAAAUCUUUAUUGAUGGUGAUAUGAUCAAACAAGGAACUGCUUCCACAACAACAGGACAUGGUGGAAAGAAGAGCGAACAAGACGCAACACAUCACAUACUUAAAAGUAAGCACAAUAUGUUAAAUUUUUAAGCAAUGCUUAAGUAGUGGAGUUCAUGCUGCUUUCAUAUUC